CUUCCCCCUUGCUGAUAGGACGUCUGUUCGAUCUCGACAAACAGAAAUCUGAAUCUGAGACCGCAAAAUCUCACCACAACUCAAAACACCGAAAAGAUGAAUUUCUUCAAGCGCAGACAACGCGAUCCUGCAGUCGCCGCAGAGACGACCACAACUACACACCACCGCGAGAAGAGAGCGCCUCCUGUCGCCAUGAACAUGAGCAGACGUCCAACAUUUGGUCAGUGGUUGAAAGUUACUUGGCUUGAUAUCUUCACUAUGGCUGCUAUGGGUAUGAUCGGUCUUGGAGUCUACACCGCACAUCCUGCGCCCUCACGAUCCUUCCCAGUAUUCUUCCAAGACGGUGAAAUCGUCUACCCCCAAUUCGCAUACCCCAUGCGCAACGAAAUCGUCCCCAUCUGGGCCGCCGCCCUCCUCGCCUCCCUGGUCCCCAUCGCCAUCUUCCUCAUCAUGCAGAUCCGGAUCCGCUCCUUCUGGGACGUCAACAACGCGAACAUCGGGCUCCUCUACUCUCUCAUCACCGCCGCCGUCUUCCAAGUCUUCCUGAAAUGGCUGAUCGGUGGUCUGCGUCCGCACUUCUUGGCUGUGUGCAAGCCGAAUUUGCCGGCUAUUACGGCCCAGGAGACGGGGAAUGGGUUGAGGCAGAUUAUGUAUGAUCGUACGAUUUGUACGGGCGAUGAGAGUGAGAUUGAUGAUUCGUUGGAGAGCUUUCCGAGUGGGCAUUCGACGGCUGCGUUUGCGGGGUUCGUGUUCUUGAGCUUGUAUCUGAAUGCCAAGUUGAAGGUGUGGUCGAACUAUCACCCAGCAAUGUGGAAACUCAUCGCUACAUAUGCACCCAUCCUCGGCGCUACUUUAAUCGCAGGCGCUCUCACCAUCGACGAGUAUCACAACUGGUAUGACUGCCUCGCCGGCGCCAUCAUUGGAACAGUCAUGGCUUUCUCGUCUUACCGCAUGGUAUACGCCUCGAUCUGGGACUGGCGUACCAACCACAUCCCAUUGAACCGCGCUGUUGCGUUCCCUGGAUCUGGUGGAGAAGUAGAUCUGGAGCAUGCGGUUUUCACUCGCAAGGUUGGAUGGGGUAUUGCUGGUAGUGAUAUGGGUGGCCAUGGUCAUAUCGGUAGUAGUCAUGGUGUUGGUGUUUCAGGUCAUCAUGGCAACGGGAAUGGCGUGGGUAGUGGAGUGGGGAAUGGAAGUAGCUAUACUUCUCGCAAGCCCGUGGCUGCGAAUGGUCACCACCACGCUUCGGAGACCAUGGUUUAAGGCUGCUGAGCGUCGGUCUUUGGAUCUGAGAUGGGUCAGAAUGGGUUGGGAUCACCAGAAGCGCAUUAGUAUUGAGAGCGUGUGGAGCUGUCGCUGAGGUUGGUUGACUAUAAGUCGGGGCUACUAAAGAAUGCAGGAGCAACGAGUGAUGGCGCUCAGGGAGUUUUGAUACAUACCCAGGUAGUAAUUUGGACCAAUAAUACGAUA